GCCCUGCCCCUUCUCCCGCAGGCCGCAUCCAGCGGCUGCCGGCGUGGGGAGCUCUGUGAGGGGAGGGCGGCGAGCGCGGCCCAACCCAGCCUCACCGCCCUGUAGCCGGAUGCUGUGCUGAGGUGGAUGAUGGCUGUGUGGGUUCGGCACGUCUCCCGCUGGUGUUGCCUGCUGAGCACGGCCCGUGCUGUUGAGUUUCCCGGGAGGCUGAGGAGGAGUCGCGGUUGCCGUGAGUUUGCCCCUGUGGCUGUGCUGCCUGCUGGAAGGGAGCUCGUUCCGUGCAGACUGCAGGCGUGCAGGCAGGUGUCUGUAGGAAGCUCUUCCCCGCCCGACAGCGCCAAGGAUGUAUCCUUCUCUUCUCCCGAAAGUAACUUACCUUCAGUACAACAGGAACAAACAAAACCAGAAAUAUUACCUGAUCUGAAUGCAGAAAUACUGGACGAAGACUGGGAUGACAUCCCACCUUCAUCUGCUUUGCAAGUGAUUUCUGAGGAAGAAGCUGUACAGAUCAUUGCAGAACCUCUUCUCCCCAUUCAGUCUUCCACACUCCGAGAUUACGUUGAUCACUCAGAAACCCUUGCAAAACUUGUCCACCUAGGAGUUGACUUAUCCCAAGUGGAGAAACGUCAAAAGGCAGGUCAGCUCUUACUGACCUUGGACUUUGAAAAAGAUGUAAAAAAAAUACUUCUAUUUCUUAAGGAUGUGGGUGUAGAAGACAAUCAGCUGGGACCAUUCCUGACCAAAAAUCCAUACAUCCUUGGUGAAGAUCUGGAAGCUUUAGAAACCAGAGUGGCUUACCUAAAAUCAAAAAAAUUUGGUAAGUCAGAAAUUGCUCAGAUGGUCUCAAGAGCUCCAUAUUUGCUGUUGUUUUCAGUGGAAAGACUGGAUAACAGACUGGGUUUCUUCAAAAAUGAACUUGGUCUCAGUGUAAAAAAGACAAAGGAUCUGGUAAUUCGUCUUCCAAGGCUACUGACUGGCAAAUUAGAGCCUGUAAAAGAAAAUCUUCAGGUUUGUCAAAUUGAACUUGGUUUUCAACGUAAUGAAAUUCAACAGAUAGUGUAUAAAACUCCCAAGAUUUUAACUGCAAGUAAAAAGAGACUCAAACAGACAUUUGACUACUUACACAACAUAAUGGGCAUUCCCCACCACAUGCUUACUCGCUUUCCUCAGGUUUUCAACUCAAAACUAUUACGAAUCAGAGAAAGGCAUAUGUUUCUUGCAUUCUUGGGAAGAACCCAGUAUGACCCAGCACAACCCAGCUACAUCUCUCUGGAUCAGCUGGUUUCCUUGCCCGAUGAGGUGUUUUGUACAGAGAUUGCCAAAGCGUCCAUGCAGGACUUUGAAAAUUUCUUAAAAACACUUUAAUUAGUAACACAUGUAAAAAUUUAUAGAAUUAAGUUACAAAAUAAACAUACUUUAUAAAACUAC